AUGAAGCAAACCAGCAGGGACAGAAUUGGAGACUUACCAGAUGGCAUUCUCCAUUAUAUACUCUCUCUGCUUCCAAUAAGAUCUGCAGUAAGAACUGGUGUUCUGUCAAGGAGAUGGAGAAACCUCUGGAAGCACACUUGGAUCAAUGCAACCAAGCUAAAUUUUGAUGAGGAAUUUACGAAUGCUCCCACACCAAUACAAUUUGUGGACACUGUUAAUCAUUUCAUCCACCUCCACAAUGGAAAGAAGAUUGAAAGUUUCAGGAUUUCUUUCCAUCUUCAUGACCAACAUCAGGCCAGUGUUGAGAAAUGGAUUGAAUUCACAACAUUGAAGGGAAUGAAAGAGCUCGAUCUAGAUUUCAGUCAAGGAACUAUUCAAAGAUCCUUUAUACAAUUACCAGAUUUUCUCUUCAAUUGCAACUCUCUAACACAUUUGAAUUUGAGCCUCUGUGAGUUCAACCCUCCUCUAAAUUUUUUUGGAUUCAGUUCCCUUGAAACCCUACAGCUGAAACAAGUCGCCAUCACAGAUGAGAAACUUGAAAGUGUAAUAUCAAGCUGCCCCAAUCUCAAAAUCUUGACUCUGAUUGAGUGUUUUAAGCUGCAUUCAAUCAGGGUUGUUGGUACAGAUUUACAACUCAAGAGCUUAAAAGUGUUGCAUUGCUGGAACACUUAUGAGUUAGAGAUUCUUGCUCCAAUUCUCCAAUCCUUCCAUUUUUAUGGUGAUCUUCUGUAUACAUAUUUAUUUGAAAAUAUCUCUGCUUUGGUGGAUGCCUUCCUAAGUUCAGAUGGUUUUGAGCAAACAGAGCCUAAACAUGAUUACAUUAACAUUCUGUCAGGUCUAUCUCACCUCAAGAUUCGAACUAUUUGUACUGGGCCUCUAGAGUAUAUAUCUUCGAGGGAGGAGCACAACCAUGAUGAUCUGCCAAUUACUUUCCCAAAUCUGAUUGAGUUGCAGCUUCUGAUGGGUUUGCUAAAUAUGGAGUAUCUUGGCUAUGUCUACAGUUUCUUUAUGCAUACAAUAAGCCCUAGCUUGGAGAAACUUUUCCUAGAGCUUGGAAGUAAUAUUCCGACCGGUGAUAGUUCUUCAAGAGAAUGGGACUUAUGGAAACCGGCGGCGGAAGAGCCUUCUUGCUGUGUCUUUCACGCUCUUCGUACAAUUAAGAUCACAAACUUCCGAGGGAGUGAAGCUGAGAUGAGAUGGGUGAAAUUCUUUCUAGAGAAGGCUGUUAUACUGGAGUCUUUGGUUUUACUUUCUCCUCGCAAUUCUUAUUCAGGAGAAGAGAAUAAUCCCGCCGGCAAGAUGGAUUCUCAAUUGAGGCUUCUUGAAGACCGACUGUCAAGCUUGCCAUAG